UGUGUGGUCAGGAGAUGGAGGCAGGCUGAACAUGGCGAUGGAAUGGAGGAGGAGAACAGUAGAACUCGUAUACAUAAACACCCUUGGAAAAGCUCCUUAGGAAACUUAAAAGAUCUCCCCAUCGCUCCCUCCUUAAUUACGAGGGGAGUAUCUCCCACCAUGGCACUCUUUCAUCUCUCGUCUCUAUGCCUUCUCUCAUUCCACAAAGCACUGGACUCCUCUUCCUCUGCUCUCCCCUGCAAGCCCACUUCCAUAUAUCCAGUCUCCACGACCGAUGCGGCUCCCUUUGGUAGUUCUAACAUCUACAAAACAAAAAAAUUUCCGAGGAAAAGGAGACGACUGGGAGAGUGCUGGGCUGCAGUGGUGGAGGAUGUGGACAAGGAGAUAUUGCUACCAGCGGGAACAGAGGAGCAGCAGGAGGAGGAAGCCGCCGAGGAGUACGACUGGAGGGAGGAGUGGUACCCACUCUACCUGGCGGCCGAGGUGCUCGACGACGCACCACUCGGCCUCACCGUCUUUCACAAACAGGUCGUUCUGUAUCGAGAUGGUGGCGGCGUUCUCCGUUGCUACGAAGACCGAUGCCCCCACCGAUUAGCAAAACUCUCCGAAGGACAGCUGGUUGAUGGGAGACUGGAGUGCCUCUACCACGGUUGGCAAUUCGAGGGCGAUGGGAAGUGCGUGAAGAUCCCACAGUUGCCGGAGGGUGGCAAGAUUCCGCUGAGAGCGUGUGCUAAAACCUAUGAAGUUAGAGAAUCUCAAGGAGUGGUGUGGAUCUGGAUGUCGGAGAAGAACCCACCGAACGUUGACAAGCUCCCCUGGUUCGAGCACUACGACAGACCGGGCUUCCAAGACUUAUCCACCAUUCAUGAGCUCCCUUACGAUCAUUCCAUCCUCCUCGAGAACCUCAUGGACCCUGCACAUGUGCCCAUCUCACACGACCGAACCGACUGGACUGCCAAGAGAGAAGAUGCCCAACCGCUGGUCUUCAACGUCACCGAGAGAACGAGCAGGGGAUUUGCAGGGCAAUGGGGCCGAUCGAAGAAUCCGGCGCUGAUGAACUUCCUUCGAUUCCAAGCACCCUGCGUCCUUUCGAACAACUUGGAACUCGUCGACAAGAAAGGUGAAAAGCAGUACUUCUCGGCUCUCUUCCUCUGCAGGCCAUCAGGCCAGGGGAAGUCGAUGCUCAUCGUGAGGUUUGGAGCGAGCACGAGACCGGUCCUUGCCAAAUUGGUCCCUAAAUGGUACUUCCACCAGAAUGCCGGCAAGGUUUUCGAGCAGGACAUGGGCUUCCUUUCAUCGCAAAAUGAAGUUCUGAUGAAGGAGAAGGUGCCCACGAAGGAGCUCUACCUUAAUUUAAAAUCCUCCGAUGCUUGGGUUGCGGAGUAUAGGAAGUGGAUGGAUAAGGUCGGACACGGGAUGCCUUACUACUUCGGGCACAAGUCUAUCUCGCUGCCCCAAGAGCCUGCAGUGGUGGAACAAGCUCCGGCGGGGCUGGUUGCUGGGAUCUCAGCUUCGUUCCCUGCCAAGGGGGGAGUGGGAACUCAACACGCACCGAAUCCGGCAAAUAGAUACUACCGCCACGUCGUCCACUGCAGGGGCUGUAGAAGUGUUGUCAAAGCAUUUCAAGCGUGGAAGAAUGUACUGCUGUUUCUCACCAUCGCAGCUGCGGGAGCUGCAAUUCUGGCAGCGGCUCGGAAAUGGAAGGUAAUUGCACUGGCAUCAGCAGCAUUGUUCCUCGCUGGUUCAUAUGCCUGCUCUUCUGCAGUUUCUCUCAUCACAACCAACUUCAUUAGGACACAUCGAAGAUUGUGAGGCAGCAGAAUUUUAUGAUUUUUUAUAAAUGUGUUUGCUAAGAUAAACACAGGUGAUAUGUGCAACUUGCUCUAAUAUUGAAAUUGGUUCCUCCAAUUCUCAGCCGCCAA